AUGAGCAUCCGUCUACCUCUCGACCAGGGGCUGGCCACGACGUCGGGCGAUCCGGGUCGGUUCCUCCCUGAUGACCCCGAGAAGCUCGCCUACCUGCAAAGGCUGAUCGAUGCGAUCCUCAACGGGCGCACUAUCGCGGCCACGUACAACCUGGUGCUGCUUUGCGCACUGCUAGUUUUCGCCAUUCUACACCUCCGGGACACUCGACGAGACCGAAGGAGAUGGAAGGAGAGGACGGCCGAGAUCGCUUUCUCGGGGGAAGAGGGCAAGGAUUACGAUGAACAAUCGUAUGACAAUGGCGGAGAGUCGUCAUCUUCGUCCAGCAGCACCAUACGGAGCGCCGUCAUACCUCUGCCCAGCGCCUCUGAGUAUUCCACCGAGACGGACCUAGAACGAGUGCCCCUCCUAUGUCGACAACCAAAGCGAACGAAAGCCGGCUACAAGAUCUUCCGCAACAUUGCCGCGUGGUUGACUUACCAGCCCCGGCCUCUGCCUGUCGUAAACCGAGUCCUCCCAUCGAAUCGCGUCUCUUUCCUCGUCGCGGGCUUCCUGGGCCUGAACGUCUUCUUCCACUUGUACCAGGUACCACUCGAGCCCAAAAAUUUGUUCGCCUUCGCCGACCGCGCCGGUCUCAUUUUCGUUGUCAACCUGCCGAUCCUCUACCUUCUCGCCGCCAAGAAUCAGCCUCUGAAGCUGAUGACGGGAUGCUCCUACGAAGUCCUAAAUAUCUUCCACCGUCGCGUCGGCGAGCUGCUGUGCUUUGAGGCCUUCGUCCACUUGGCCGGUAUGAUCAUCUGGCAACUAUACCUGGAACCCGACUGGCUCCGCAUCCAACCCUUCAAAGAGUAUCUCCUCGAGCCUAUCAUCCUACUGGGCCUCGGCGCCUUCGCAGCCUACGAGCUACUCUACUUCACCUCUCUCGGUAGCUUCCGCCAGCGUUGGUACGAACUCUUCCUGGCCAGUCAUGUCGUCCUGCAGAUCGUUGCCCUGGUGUUUCUCUGGCUGCACUUCCACACCAGUCGGCCGUACGUCACCUUCUCCCUGGUCAUCUUCUUGGUCGACCGGCUCGUCUGGCGACUCAGUCUGAAGUCCAUGACCACGAUCGCGGAUGUUACUGUUCUCGAAGAUGGCGAGACCCUCAUGCUGUCCGUGGACUGGGAUAUCCCGUCGCCGCCUUCAUCAUCCCGACUCUUCGCGACAUGGCAGCACAACAUCCGCGCCGGCUGGUCGCCCACCGACCACGUCUUCCUCACCGUCCCCGCCCUUGGCCGCACCCACACCCUCCAAGCCCACCCCUUCACCAUCGCCUCAGCCGCACCACCGAUCCCAUCAUGGACCGACGCGUCUCCUCCCUCCCAAGAUGCCCCACCCCUCCACGCCCGCCUCGACCUCCUCAUCCGCACCCACAAAGGCUUCACGGCCGACCUCCUCCGCCACGUCCACACCCACCACCCACGGGAAACCCCCUUGUCCGUCCGUCUCGACGGCCCCUACGGCUCCCGCACCGCCCUCGACCUCCUCCGCGCCUCCGACACGGCCCUGCUCGUCGCAGGCGGCUCCGGCAUAGCCGUCACGUUACCCCUCGCCUCGGCGCUGCUCCUCCCUCCUCCCACCGGAACCAGCGGCCGCCGUCGUCAGCGCGUCCGCCUGCUCUGGGUGGUCCACUCGCGCGCGCACCGCGCGGCCUGGGUGCCCGCGGGCCGGCUGGAGGGGCUGGUGGAGGCGGGGCUGGAACUGGUCGUCCCAGAGCCGACGGCGGAGGCCGGGAGGCCCGAUGUCGCGGGGUUGGUGCGGGGUUGGGUCGCUGAUGCGGGUGCAGAGGGGGACGGAGUCGGUGUGGUGGUCUCGGGCCCCGACGGGAUGAAUCGGGAGGUUGCGAAUGUGUGUGCUGAGGGGAUUGCGGGCGGGGUGGAUCUGAGGGUUGCGGUGGAGAAGUUUGGGUGGUGAUACUUUGGGGGGUGUAAGGGGGCAUUGCUUGGGUUAUGAGAUGAUGAGGCAUGUAAGUUGUUUCUAUCUGGGUUGUGGUUGCUUUGAUCUUGGUUAUGGAGUCAGGGCAUGGGAUAUAUGGUUCUGUUUAGAGCUGAGAUCUGGGUAGAGACUGCGCUAGAAAGCCUAUCUGUUUUGCCGGUUGUGUCGGGGUUCACGCCACUGCUCGCCACUUGGUUCAAGAAUAGCUGAGAGGACUUGCCUCUAGCCGAAGUGGUUAGGUGGUGGAAGUUGAACCGCCUCGCGAAUAUGC